GAAAAACCGAGACAUCCGGACGCCUCACCUUGUUGCGAGUCAGGCCGAAGUGUUCAAUGACGCAGGGGCGCCCGCCCGAGCCCGGCAGGCAGGGUUUGUCCGGUUGGUUCAGAUGACAUCAGAUAAUAACCAGAAUGGGAGUGACUGAUUUGUGGCAAAUUCUGGAGCCUGUUAAGCAACACACCCACUUACAUAGCCUUGGUGGAAAAACCAUUGCAGUUGAUCUGAGUCUCUGGAUAUGCGAAGCACUGUCAGUCAAAAAAAUGAUGGGAACAGUCGUGAAACCACACCUCAGGAAUUUAUUUUUUCGUAUCUCAUAUUUAACACUUAUGGAUGUGAAUCUGGUGUUUGUUAUGGAAGGGGAGCCCCCCAAAUUAAAGGCUGAUGUUAUGAGCAAGAGGAAUCAGGUUCGUUACGGAUCUUCAGGAAAGCCAGGGACUCAGAAAACAGGGAGAUCACACUUCAAAUCAGUCUUAAGAGAGUGUUGUGACAUGCUGGAAUGCUUGGGGAUUCCCUGGGUGCAGGCACAUGGAGAGGCAGAAGCCAUGUGUGCUUUCCUCAAUGCCAGUGGGCAUGUCGAUGGCUGCAUCACCAAUGAUGGAGAUGCUUUCCUCUACGGGGCCCACACUGUUUACAGGAACUUCACUAUGAAUAUCAAGGACCCACAUGUUGAUUGUUACACAAUAUCAUCCAUCCAGAGUAAACUUGGCUUGGAUAGAGAUGCUCUAGUUGGACUUGCCAUACUACUUGGCUGUGAUUAUCUUCCAAAGGGAGUCCCUGGAGUUGGAAAAGAACAAGCAUUAAAACUUACCAGGAUUUUGAAAGGGCAGAGUUUACUUCAGAGGUUUGAUCGGUGGAAUGAAAAAUCAUGUUACUCUGAUCCACAACCACCAGUCAUUAAAAAAUUGGCUCAUUGCUCUGUGUGUUCUCAUCCAGGUUCCCCUAAGGAUCAUGAACGUAAUGGAUGCAAAUUAUGCAAGAGUGACCGAUAUUGCGAGCCGCAUGAUUAUGAUUACUGCUGUCCCUGUGAGUGGCACCAAACAGAGCACGACAGGCAGCUCCAGGCAGUAGAGACUGCUAUUAAGAAAAAAGCAUGCAGUUGUGAGGGUUUCCCAUUCCACGAGGUUAUUCAAGAAUUCCUUCUGAACAAGGAUAAGUUGGUAAAGGAAAUUAAGUACACAAGACCUGAUUUAUUAUUGUUUCAGAGAUUUGCAUUGGAAAAAAUGGACUGGCCCAAUUCCUAUGCAUGUGAAAAAUUGUUAGUACUUUUGACUCACUAUGACAUGAUUGAAAGAAAACUUGGUAGAAGGAACUCAAAUCAACUACAGCCUAUUCGAAUCAUUAAAACCAGAAUUAGAAAUGGAGUUCGUUGCUUUGAAGUAGAAUGGGAAAAGCCUGAAUAUUAUGCUAUGGAAGAUAAACCUGAAGAAUUUGAUCUACAAACAAUAGAAGAAGAAUCAUUGUUUAACGCAGCUUAUCCAGAGAUUGUUGCUGUUUAUCAAAAACAGAAAUUAGAAAUCAAAGGGAAGAAACAAAACAGCAAGAAAAUUAAACCUAAGAAAAUCAGUUUGCUAGACUCAGAUGAGAUGAAUUUUCAGUCACACAUGACUUCAAAACUCACAAGUGAAAUUAUUUCUAAACAGAAUUGUAAGUUCAAUUGGGAAAUUCCCCCUGAUUCUCCAUCAGUCCUGGAAUCAAUACCUGCAUCAUUGAAUAAUUUAAUUUUACCUGAAGAUACUCCCUGUUUGGAUACACAAGAACAGUUAAAGUCCUCUCAGAGACCUUUGGCUAUGGAGCAAAUUAAAGCUGUUAGUGAAUCUCUAAUUUCAGAAUCUAAUCAAUCUAAUGCCUGCUUCCAAAAUACAUCAGUGAUUGCUGAGUUACAUUUGAGCACCAUUGACUGGGAAGGCACUUCUUUCAGUAAUUCUCCAGCUCUUCCAAGGGACACUUUAUCUCCAGGUUUAAAAUCAGAACUUAGAACUGCCAGUUCUGAUAUCUUUAAAAAUAUCCCAGAGAAAUUUUCAUGUAACUCAGAAUGCUACAGCACCAAGAAUAAUGAGAUGCUGAAUUGGAAGCUUCAAAACACAAAUUCCGAAGAACAUCUUCUUUCUGGCAUCGCUGAUUUACAUCUUCAGGAUUUGCCUUUAAAAGAACGAAUAUAUAAAAAGUUAUCACAUCCUCAGGAUUAUGUGCAAGUGAAUGUUGAUCUGAAAACUUUGUCCUCAUUUAAUGUGAAAGAAUGUUGUUUUGCUAGUAGCCAUUCUGAUUGUCCAUCAUAUAUGUCAAAGGCUCCUCUAGGAACUGACUUACAGAAUGAAUCUAGAAAUUCUAAGAUCCUCGAAGGAGACCACCUGUUUCAAGAACACUCUAAUAUGAGUACUUAUAUACCUUACUCAGUCAGUAACCUUAUAGAAAAGACCUCCAGUGUUGGACUUGAAUCCCCACAUGCUACAUUAGAUCACGGUGGGAAAGUUGCUGUGCAAAGUGUUCAGGAAAUUAUCACAAAGAAGAGUGUUUGCCUUGAGAGACAUUCUUCUGAUGAAGAAAGUGCCCCAACGUUUGGGAAAGUGAAGCACAUAACUCAAAAAACAAAGCAGAGCUCUGAGAAGAAUAACCUACGUCAGCUCCAGAAAAGGGAUGCCAAUAACUUGAAUAACUGUGAGAUACGUAUUAAAGAAACUGAACAUUGUGUCCAGGCAUAUAAAACCACUGGGAAUGAGCAAAACUGUUUUCCAGAGGCAGCGAAAGAUUCUCUGGGUUCCCUCCACUGUGAUAAGGGAAAAAAUGACUCUGGAAAUUGUUUGGAUAGUCCUCUUCCUUUAUAUGAGCGAUUAAAGCUAAGAUUCAAAAACACUUGAAGUGAAAUUAGAAAUACUUUAAGUAUUUAUGUAUGUAUUACAUAAUUUAGCAUGAUCAGUUUGACUUUAAAAAAAUUUUUAAUGUUCUAUUAUAUUUCAUGAAAUGCUUUUACUGUUUUACUCAGAAUAAUAAAUAUUACCUAAAACUUUAUUUUUAUGGUGAGAACUUUAGAUACGUAUUUUCAGCUUAUAAUACUUUUGUCUUUUAAAAAUCUUUAUCAGGCUUGGUCUUAAACAUGUGUCUCAUUUUUGCUUAUCUCUGUUUCUUUGCUUAUUUCCACUCUGAAGAAGUCUGUGUUCUUGCUUAAACAUAUUUUCUGUCUUUAUCUCCUCUCACAUAUUUCUAAGCAAGUUUCAUUCAAUAAAAACUAUCUUGCUUCAUAAACCAAAAAAAUCUCUAUUAGG